AGUCUGCGCAGUGCGCGGCUGAGGGGCAAGGCGGGCCGCGCGCGUGCGUGGUGGCGUGCGUUCCCGUCAGUCAGGUUUGGGUCUUUAAAAAAUAUCAUAAAAAUGGCUUCAAAAAGAGCUCUGGUCAUCCUGGCUAAGGGAGCAGAAGAAAUGGAGACAGUCAUCCCUGUAGAUGUCAUGAGACGAGCUGGGAUUAAGGUCACCAUUGCAGGUCUGGCUGGAAAAGACCCAGUACCGUGUAGCCGUGAUGUUGUCAUUUGUCCUGAUGCCAGUCUUGAAGAUGCAAAAAAACAGGGACCAUAUGAUGUGGUGGUUCUACCAGGAGGUAAUCUGGGUGCACAGAAUUUAUCUGAGUCUGCUGCUGUGAAAGAGAUACUGAAGGAACAAGAAAACAGGAAGGGCCUCAUAGCUGCCAUCUGUGCAGGUCCUACUGCUCUGUUGGCUCAUGAAAUAGGUUUUGGAAGCAAAGUCACAACACACCCACUUGCUAAAGACAAAAUGAUGAAUGGAAGUCAUUACAGCUACUCCGAGAAUCGUGUGGAAAAAGACGGCCUGAUUCUUACAAGCCGAGGUCCCGGGACCAGCUUUGAGUUCGCUCUUGCUAUUGUUGAGGCGCUGAGUGGCAAGGAGGUGGCUGAUCAAGUGAAGGCUCCACUUGUUCUUAAAGAUUAGAGCAGAAAAAGUUGUCAGUGAGUUAGCAAAAUAGGUCAUUUAUAAUCCAUCCUCACUGUGUUCGCUUUAAACAAAAACUGGCUGGUUAAUGUGCCGCGAAGCUGUCAUUACUGCUAUUGCGAAGUACAGUUGUGAAGUCACAACUACACAGAUUUCGUAGCCUACAAAUUGUGUCUGUACAUUUCUGAACCUUGUGUGCAGAAUAAACAGGGCAUUUAGCAAAGUA